UUGUUACAGUGGAUUUCUAUUGGCGUACGUUGUAGCGAAACAGAAGCGAACCGGACCAGUUUUAUUCAUCGUUGCCGUUGUGCGAAGGUACAUAAGGACGAUGGUGCCCCCAUUCUUCGUCAUCAUGUUCAUGUACAUGCUUCCGGCGCUGACGUCGGGACCCGAUGCCAAGGCUUACUUCGACAAGUUCUACGACGAGGUGAAGCACCACUGGAAGACGCUUCUUCUGCAAGUGGACAACUACAACCACGAGUACGAUGGCAGCGGAAGAUUGCCGAUUAUACCUCACUUUUGGUACCUGUCUCUCGACUUCCAAUUCUUCCUUGUCAGCUUGAUCAUCCUUCUAUUAUUUAAAAGCAAACCACGCUGCACAAUCGCCAUCUUCUCCAUAUUGUCGAUCGCGGGAUGCGCCGUUUCGACGUGGCAUGUAGCCGGGAAUGACACACCUCCAUUCAUCGUGGUCGUCGACGAAUCGGUUACGAACUUCUUCGAUACCAUGUACUACUACUACUUCUACCCCCACUACCACGCGGCCUGCUACUUCGCUGGGCCUAUCGCUUUCCUCCUCCUGGACGGCUUCCGGAAGCGUAAAAUAUCAAAGAUCACACAGCUGGCCAGUUGGUGCAUUGCGAUCGCCUGCGGCCUCUGCUGUAUCUUCAUGAAGCUUGGCUGGUACACCACAAAGUACCCAACGACGGAGUUUGGGAAGCUGUCUGCCACUUUCUUCGACAGACUCUUGUGGUCCAUUUUCAUGGUUUGGCUAACGCUGGCUUGCGCCUCAGGUCGAGGAGGUUUCCUGGGCAAGUUCCUGUCAUGGGGCGCCUUCGCACCACUGGCCAGACUGGCAUUUGGCGUCUACCUCGUACACAUGCCAUUCAUUCAGUUGGCGCUGCACAUAUCUCGAGAGAGGAUGAUGCUGUCUCACUUUGUAGCGGCCUCAUUCUGUUUUUCGACCCUCGCCUGGAGCUACAUCCUGAGCUACUUCCUGUUCAUAUCCUGCGAGGCGCCCAUAGGCAAACUGGACAAGCUCGUUUUCGAAGGACUGCGAGGACGAAGUACCAAAAAGGACGUGGAAGACAAGCCGCCAACGAAGAUUGAGUUCGUCACGGAAAAGCAGCAGAUCGCCAACCAGCUAGCGGAGAGCAACAACAACUGCAGCAACAGCAACGCUGAGACGACGCCCGACGAGCAGCAGCUCGGAUUACAACAGAACGGUGUGAAACCACCUGUGGAUACGGCCAGCUGCCGUCUUUGACGUGAAAGUGUUGCUUGUGCGCGCAUUCUCUUUCCUGAUGAUUUGCACUCGGACAUGUGGAGCAACAUUUUGUACUUCGCCAUCGAGCGCGUGCGGAUAUAUUUGGAACGCGUACUACGAGGACACGAACAAUGGCAGGGUGUCUCUGCAACGUACGCCACCGUGCUGGCUCUGUGGACUCAGCCUGAACACUGCAUUUGCGUGACGUAUUGUUUUUUUUUUUCUUCAGCUUAAAGUGACGCGAUACAUAAAUGUAUAAUUGACAGGGCGUAUUCGGUAAUUUUCGGAACACUGAAGUGCUUUAACUAGGUAUUCGUGCCCGAGGCAUCGUUCACCAUACAUAUCUCACUUGGAAUGGAAACAAUGUGAGUUCACCAUAAAUAUCUCACCGGGAAUGGAAACAAUGUGAGCACCCUUAUAUUAGGCCCUUCUCAGUUCCAUAAGAUCAACUUGCAACGACUUCAUAGGUCUAACGAAACAGGGGGUGUCCAUGCCAGGAGAAAAUAAAAUGGUAAUGCGUACACAGCCUCGAAACAACUAUUUGACAGCCGAUGCUCUAUAUACCAUGAGCAUCACUUUCUUCUUAGCAGUGCGCUUCCAUUUAUUUUAGUCCACAGGGAAUGAUAUCAAGGUGUUGAGGAAGCACUUGGAACUUGUUUUCCGUCCUUCUUUUUUUGUACUUGCCAGAACAAAGCUCAGCGACAUUUCAGGCGUCACGAAUCAGUGCGAUCACAACUUGGCAUACAAAAAACGUUAACUUGACAAGGUUUUUGAACAUUGUGGGCAAAUUAUGCAACGUCGCAUAGAACAAGAUGUAAAGAAAGAU